AUGGGCCGGCCAGUGCAAACAGGUCCACCAGAUGAGGCUGCAUCUGAGAAGGGUGCUCCUGCCACAUCCACGGACCCGGUCAGCAUGCACCUCCAGGGCCGCCAGGAGUUGGACGUUGAGCGGAGCAGGCUGCUCUCACCCUAUGACAUCUUCUUCUCGCAAAACCACAUCCGUCCAGAAUUUCAGGACGGUCGCAGCAUCGAUUCAGCUGUGGAGUUCAUAGGAUCUCGCAGGUUUGCUCCACACGACGCAAAGGAUCUUGGCGUUCCACAGAAGACCGACUGGUGGUUGCUGCUGCCACCUUUUCCACCGAUAGAAGUAAUCCAAUGGAGGAUAAAACUUCGCGAGGAGGAUGGGUGCCAAGUUGUUGAUGACAACGGCAACGAGCUCUAUGGGGAUAGAGAAUGGUACAGUUUGGACAACCGACGCUUGUACUGCCUGCAGAAAGCAGCUGCGGCGCUCUAUCCCAAACAGGUCCUUGUCCUCGUGAGCAUUGUUCACCAGGAAGAAGGAACCUGUCGCGAGUUCCGCAAAUUUCGUUCUGUGGACCGUGGUCGGAGCAUCCGUCUGGGCCAUCGGGACUCACCGAACUUACCUCGGUGGUGCUUGCGACUAGAGGUGCUGCGAGCUUUGGCUCCGCACACCGCCCAGGCGGUGCAGGUGCAGUUUUUUUCAACACAGGUCGGACUCGAGGAAGAAGUGCUUCCAGCUGGUUCUACGUUGCCCAGGCUUAGCAGACCGCGACGUCCUGAUCGUGAUCGUCAAGGGUGGAUUCGGCGUGCACGACAGAAAGACUCCAGGGAACAGCCAGAUGACAGCACGGGGCCGCCUUGGGGCAGCCACUUGGCAAAUGCCUCCCUGUUUGUACUGGUCUAUGCCUCUAUGCGCCUGUUAUUUGCAAUGUGGCAUCACUACAAUUACAGAUGA